CUGAAUUUAGCUUUUCUGCUGUGACGACCACACUGAUCCACAUGGUUCCAUUCAGAGGUAGUAUUAUGAGUGGCAGUAAGAAGAAGAAAGAAUCCUCAUCCAAGGAGGAGGAGAGCCCCAGCUUGGAGUUCCUGACCAGUGGAGGUAGUGGAAGUGGUUUGGGAAGGAGGACUGUUAAAAAGACGCCAGCCAGCUCGGACAGGCUGCCCUCUGUUCGACCCAAGAGAGACCUCACUCUCGGAGGGGUCCCUAAGAAAUCCUUUGCUCCCACAAUCCCCACCAGUCGACGAGUCAAGAAGGAGAAGGAGGAACCUGAGGCCACACCCACUAAGAGGGGGCGGGAUGAGCGUAGGGGUAAGAAGGAAAGGGGUAAAGGGAGGAGGAAGGACAAGGAGAUCAUUGCGUCUGCCUCCGUGUUCUCCAUGGGCCCAGCUGACAGGGGACUCGCUAGGGGCAGAGGCCCUUCACUAGGUGGUGGCGGUGGCGGUGGCAGUGGUGGUGGAGGUUCCCAAGGUGGAGCAGAUAAUAUCAAAUUCGCUAAGAAGCCGGACUUCCUCACGGAUAAAACUAUCAAACCAGAACACAUAUCCAAUCUUGAGGACGAUAUUGACCCCCAGGGGUCGAGUAUUGACGAGCUCUUCUCAAACUCUAAUCAACCCCCAACUCUGCUACCCCUGGACUACCAACUACACACUAAAGCGAGGAAGGCAGUGUCGAAACAAGUGAAGAUAAUAAAGGAAGAGCCGAUGGACUGUGACAAUUCCACUGCAGAUACUGCAGAUACCGGAGAUAAUGUGAAACCAGUCAAAGCCGUCAUGGCCCCUUCAACCGAGGUGAAAGGUCAUCAGACGAAGAUUUCAGACCUCUUCACUCCAGAAGAUAGUUCUAAGGGGCAGUUCCUGUUCCUGCAGUUACCCGACUGUCUGCCCACCAGCAGCAUCAUGGCCAGUGAGAGCAACGAGGCGAAAGAUUCCUCUGCUAAAUCAAAUGGUAUCACCUCAGCAGAAGACAAGAAAACUGGAGACGCAGCUGAUGAUGCUGGGCAGAGGCACUGCUCUCUUCGUGAUAUUCCUGAAGGGCUAAUUGGAAAACUGAGGGUGCACAAGUCUGGCAAAGUCAGGUUAACUCUCGGUGAUGUUUCAUUCGACAUUGCCAUGGGUACGCCGUGUGGAUUUCUACAAGAGCUGGGGUGUAUACGAAACGAAAAGCCGGAACCCAAAGUGACUGUAUUGGGACAACUGUCACACAGACUGGUAUGUACUCCUGACUUUGAGUCACUUUUAGAACAGUCUGAACUCAGAUAGCGCAACUACCACCAGCUAGUUUUAGGGUCCCAUUUUCAUCGUUGUCACUUGAUUUUUCAUUGUAUUAUAUUAUUCUGAUUUCUAAUAAAAUAUCUGUUGUGAAUUGCAUC